ACACUUCCGGAGAUCGUUUAUUGAUGAGCAUUGUCUGUGCUGAGGUUGCUCAUCAGCGCUUCGAGUCGGUUUUUGCGUCCAGCAGCAGCAGCAUGUCUCAGGCGCGGGUUACUGACUUCUUCUCCCGUAAAAAGAAAGGCACCGGCGGCCCGGCGAAGGUUCCCCCGCCGCGCAGCAGCACGGUCGGAGGUCGCUCUUCCCCCUGUUCGUCCUCAGUUCAUGAAGAGUUUGUCCGAGUGAUCGAUGAGGCCGCGGGGCUGAACAAUGGCGAGUCUGCUAUCAGCAACGCCGCAGAGCACCCCCCCUCCAGUCCCCGUACACCGAAGCGGACCUCGGCUGAUGUGGAGUGCGCCCUCACUGCCGCCGCCGAGCAUAGUACGGCCAAGAAGAGACGGUCGGCGGAGGCCGCGGGAGAAGCUGUGCUUCCGCACAAGGGCAUGAGAAAGUCCGCCAGGAAGAAGCUCGACCUGCCCGCAGAGACCCCGCAGGCUCUGGGUAAAGAGGACAUUGCUGCUCUCAAGUCGCGCCUUGUGAGGAUAAAGAAGCGUGUAGCUGAGAUCCCUGACGCUGCCUCCUCGGGUUCAACUGCACCCUCGUCUUCCUCCUCUCCGUCUCAUUCAGUUCCUGACAGCAGCACCCCUCCUGUUCCCCAAACCAGCACUACUGAUGCUAAGGCCUUGAAGUUCACUGUAGCGCGUGCCAAGGAGCUGGCAGCUAAAGCUCAGAGGAGGAAGGAGGAGCGAGAGGCAGAGGAGAGGAAGCUGACUGAGGCAGAGGCUCGGGACAGUGCUGAGGCCCCGGCAUACCAGCGCUACCACACCCUUGGCCAAGCUGCCCCCCCGGGCCUCUCUCUCCCUUACCAUUACAAGGUGCUGGCUGAGAUGUUCAGAAGCAUGGACACGGUCAUCGCCAUGUUGUACAACCGCUGUGAGACCGCAACCUUCGCCAAGAUCAAACGGGGGGUUCAGGACAUGAUGCAUAAGCGGUUUGAAGAGAGCCACAUAGGUCAGAUAAAGACCGUGUUCCCCGAGGCGUACACAUUCAGACAGGAGAAGAACAUCCCGACGUUCAACAGCAGCAUUAAGAAGGGCAGCUACCAGCUCACUGUGGAGCCCAUCAUUACCUCUGAACUUAAUGAGGCCCGACCGGUACUGUCAGCCUCUCGUCUGCUGGAGAGAAGACGCGUCUUCCACCAGAACCUGGUUUCCAUGGUCAAACAGCACCACAAGGUGUUCCUGUCCUCGUUGGAUCCUCCAGUAUUGGUUCCAGAAGACAAACUGACCCGCUGGCACCCUCGCUUUAACGUGGACACUGUGGCACCCGUGCACACGAGCUCACUGCCUCAGGUCCCUCAGACUGAGAAACUGGCCACAGCUCAGGAGGUGCUCGACAAGGCCCGCUCACUCCUCACACCCAAGAUGGAGAAGGCUCUGGUGGGGCUGGCUCUGAAGACUGAAGACAAAGCUGCAGACAAGGAGCCAACAUCUGUGAAGAAUCCAGCAGUCCCUCAGGCAUCAGCUGUCCCUGCAGCUCAGGUCCCAAAUGCCCUGAAAGGGGUGUCCCAGUCCCUCUUGGACAGGAUUCGCGCAAAGGAAGCACAGAAGCUCCAGGCAGCCAUGACUCGCAACAGCAACCAAGAGGAGCGCCUGUUGAUGAUGUCACGACUUGGAGAGCUGGCGAGGAUUCUCCGCAAUGUGUUUGUCGCAGAGAAGAAACCGUCUUUAAUAAUGGAAGUGGCCUGUAACCGGAUGGUGGCGAGCUACAGAUCGGCUCUCAGCACAGGUGAAAUGGAGAAACACAUCCGGCUGCUGGCAGAAGUGACGGGGGAUUGGCUGACUAUCCAUCCAGUGAGGAAGGACUUGUACCUGAAGCUGAAUAAGAGCGUGGAGCUCAGCACCGUUGUGGACAAACUGAACAGCAGACUGAGGGAGGAAGAGCGGCUCUGAGACGAGCGCCACUUUAAUGACUGAGGGGGGCUGACAGGUCGCCGUGCUCUGGAAGCUGCUCGCACAUUUUUAGUACAUAGGUUGGGGUUGAUGUUUCCUGAGCUGCUCCGACCAUUGUUCCAUUUUACUGACUGGUAUCUUUUUUUUUUUUUUUCCUGUCACUCCAAAGUGAUCGAUGUGCCGACUUCGUCUUUCAGGAUCACGUUUCUGUGGAGUUUGAGUCAGUGUUUGAUAAUGUUUAAGAAAUCCAGCAUUCACUGCUUCAUCCAGCUUUUUGAGUUCACUGUAUAACCGUAAAAUAAAGAGUGCGUUCAUUAUGAGGCCGGGAUGGCUGAGCACGAGGGGGUGCAGUGGGAUUUCUCUGAAGGACCAAUUCAGGAAUUCUCUCACUGUGAAUGGAGCAUUUUAUAAAACAAGUUACUUCAUACACUGGAAAUAACUUAGCCUGGUCCAUGCUAGUGUGUGUGUGUGUGUGUGUGUGUGUGUGUGUGUGUGUGUGUGUGAUAUCAAACAAUUAUUCAAGUCAAGAAGUAAAACGAGCUAAACACGUCCAGCAGGUUAAAGAGAGCAGGCAGUGUUUGAAAUAUUACGCUCGUCUGUUUCUCAGGUUUAACAAAUCCUGAGUCUAAACCUGAGCUCAGCACAUCCAUGAACAAAGGAGGGGAGAGUCAGAGUUUCUUAAAUGUUACAUAAGAACGUAAGAUUAAUAUUUUAGGCAGUCAGGGACUGACCCCUGCUCCAGAUCUGAGGGGGGGGGUGGCCCAGAACUUUGACAUGCUGUAAAUGUUUGAUUAUAUCCAGGUGAACGUGUGCAGGUGUAUCC